CAAAUCUGUGAAUGAAAAUAGGAAAUAUAGAAAUCAAUGGCAGAAGCAACAAAGGAAAUUCAUCACUUGGUGCUAGCAAAGUUCAAAGAAGAAAUUCCACCUCAGAAAAUUGAAGAACUUAUCAAGGGUUAUGCUAAUCUAGUCGAGCAUAUCCCUCACAUGAAGGCAUUUCACUGGGGAAAAGAUGUAAGCAUAGAGAAUUUGAAUCAAGGAUUUACUCAUAUAUUUCAUAUUGUUAUUGAGAAUUCAAAAAGUCUUGAAGAAUAUGUGAAUCAUCCUGCUCAUGUGGAAUUUGGCAACUUGAUGUUUCCCGUUCUUGACAAAGUUACUGUUGUUGACUUCAGCCCCUCCGCUCUUCCGAUAUGAAGUGUAAACUUGUCGAGUUUUAUAUGUCGCGUUUUAUUUCCGGAAAUGCUUCUGAAACUCAUAGAGCGUUUUCGUUUUAAUGUUUCGGUUUUUCGUGCAAUGUAGAAAAUAAAUAAGGAGGUCUAUUUUUA